GGCUUGGGUCGACCACUAGGAGCCCAUACCUUUCCACCCUAAAUUCCCUGAGAGUCUGUAUUGGACGCGCCCUUGGCGUCUCAUUUCUCGCUACCAUUAUUGAAGGUGGAUUUUCAAAGUUCAGGGAAGGGGCAUGCGACUUAGCCUUCCUGGAGUGGGAGGAGACCCGCCGCUGGGGUUCUGUGCACGCGAGAGGAAAGGCGGGAGAACCGAGGCGUCGCUGAUUGGCCCGAAGUUUUCCGUAGCCAACCAAUGGACGAGGAGAGCGAGGCUGGGCUAGGGGCAUCCCUGGCGGCGCACCCAUCCCCAGCUCUGCCUUGGCGGUUCCUGCUCUCUGCUCCUGCUCCGGGGCUGUCCUUUGGGCUUAUCCUCCUCCUAGAUCUGCCUGCCCUCCCACGUCUUCCCCAGCCCCCGCCAUGGUCCUGGAGCUCUACUUGGACCUGGUGUCCCAGCCCUGCCGCGCCGUCUACAUCUUCGCCAAGAAGAACGGUAUCCCCUUCGAGAUGCGCACUGUGGAGCUGCUCAAAGGUCAGCACUACAGCGAUGCCUUUGCCCAGGUGAACCCCCUGAAGAAGGUGCCAGCCUUGAAGGAUGGAGACUUCACCUUGGCCGAGAGCGUGGCCAUCUUGUUGUACCUGAGCCGUAAGUACAAAGCCCCUGAUCACUGGUACCCCCAGGAUCUGCAGGCCCGCGCCCGGGUGGAUGAAUACCUGUCAUGGCAGCACACGGCCCUGCGCAGUAGCUGCACCCGCGCUAUGUGGCAGAAGAUGAUGUUUCCUGUCUUCCUGGGUGAGCCGGUGCCCCCUGAAACCCUGGCAGCCACUUUGGCUGAGCUGGACAGGUGCCUGCAGUUGCUUGAGGACAAAUUCCUGCGAGACCAGGCCUUCCUCACUGGGCCCCACAUCUCCCUGGCUGACUUGGUGGCCAUCACAGAGCUGAUGCACCCUGUCAGCGCUGGCUGCCGAGUCUUCGAAGGCCGGCCCAAGCUGUCUGCCUGGCGCCAGCGUGUGGUGGCUGCAGUGGGGGAGGACCUCUUCCGGGAGGCCAAUGCAGAGAUCCUGAAGCUCAAAGACCUGCCUCCAGCAGACCCUGCCACAAAGGAGAAGCUGCGACCCUCAGUGCAGGCUUUGUUGCAGUGAGCAUCUCUGCCUGAAUGUGGCAGCUUGCCUGUCUCCUUGGCUGCAAGAACUUCAGGUCUGAGCAGGCUCUGGUCCAUAGGACCCUCCAGACAUCGUGUCUGUGGCCUUUUGCUCCCUAUCCCACUUUUACCCUUUCAUUCCAGCUUCCACAGGACCUCUGGAAAACACUUUAGUAAACACUUACUGGACCCUGA